CAUUUGCUAAUGUCUAGAGUUGGUGGCAGUUACUAUUUCCCUGUCACCCUCGCAAUACCAGGCAUGUGGCCUUCGGCACUAAAAAGAAUACAAAUGAUAUGAUAAUUGGAGAAACUCCCACAAGGUUGCCAAAAACGAAAGGAAUCACACUACCCAUUGUUUCCAGCUCUCAUCUAUUCAUCUUUAGUCAUGGACGGAGCCUCAAGCACAGAAAAAAGGAUUGCAGUAGUUACAGGAGGGAACAAAGGGAUUGGAUUUGAGAUAUGCCGGCAGCUGGCUCUUAAUGGGGUCAAGGUUAUACUAACGGCUAGAGAUGAGAAGAAGGGCAUGACAGCAGUGGAGAAGCUCAGAGGGAGUGGGCUUUUCGAUGUGAUCUUUCAUCAAUUGGAUGUGACUGACCCUUCCAGCAUCUCUUCCUUUGCGGAUUUCAUUAGAGCCCAGUUCGGCAAGCUUGACAUCCUGGUAAAUAAUGCAGGAAUUUUAGGGUUAAUAAUAGAUUCAAAGUUUUCAAGUGCCUCAGUUCCUACAUAUGAUGAGAAAAUUGAAUAUACAGAUGAUGUACCUGAAUCGUUCAAAGAGUUUCUGCAAGAAACUUAUGAGAUGGCAGAAGAAUGCUUGAAAACAAAUUUUUAUGGCACCAAAGAUGUUACAAAAGCAUUAAUCCCCUUUCUCCAAUCAUCUUACUCUGGAAGAGUGGUAAAUGUUUCAUCCACCCUUGGGCAGCUUAAGCACUUCUCAGAUGAAAAGCUCAAGCAAGUACUCUGUGACAUUGAUAAUCUGUCUGAAGAGAAAUUGAUUGACCUGUCAAAGUCAUUUCUGAAAGAUUUCAAAGAGGGUUUGCUGGAUGCCAAUAAGUGGCCAACUAUUUUAUCUGCAUACAAAGUGUCUAAAGUACUAAUCAACUCCUACACAAGGAUUCUUGCAAAGAAAUACCCAACAUUAUGCAUAAAUUGUGCACAUCCCGGGGUUGUGAAAACUGAUGCAAAUCACCAUGUUGGGACCAUGACUCCUGAAGAAGGUGCUAGAGGACCAGUGAGGAUAGCCUUAAUGCCUGAUAAUAGCUCUGGUUUUUUCUUUGAUCAAGCUGAAUUGUCAACCUUUUGAUAAGGUUAUAUUUAGUAGAUAAAUCAUGCGCCAUUUGUCAAAAUAUAAGUGAUAAAUUUACUGUACCGAUAUCACAUUUGCAUAAUAUGCUCUCUCUCUCUCUCUCUCUCUCUCUCUCUCUCUCUCUCGCCGCGCGCCGCGCGCCGCCGUCCUUGAGCUUGCAUUAGUUGUGCCUUUAAUCAUGAAUUUGUUAUAGGGGUAUCAGCAAACCUUGUGCUUUUUUUCCAAAUUCAUCAUGUAUUGGGUUAUGUUUGUGAAAUAACAUAUGAAACUACUUUAUUUAGUGUGAUUCAAA